GAAACGACGCCAUUGAUCUAAUUUUCUGACAGGUGAUUGUUUACAUUUUUUACAGAACAAUUACUAAAAGUUUGAUUGAAAAUAAAGAUGAUUCCUGUCGAAAUAGAAGAUAAUAAAUUACCCAUUCCUCAACUGAUCCAGCCAAGAGAACACAAGGCCAAGAUAUGUGUUUGGGCUGAUUUAACAGUAGAUGAUGUUGAUAAACUCAAUGAAUCUUUGAAUGCUGACCAUAAUAAACAAGUUUUGGCUAAUAUAUUUGGUAUAGAAGAUUAUAAAGAAAAUUUAAAGAGUGGUGUUACUAUAGAUCUAUAUUAUUAUACUUUACAAUUUGCACGAGAAAAUGGAUUCAACAAAGAAAAAUUAUCAGCUGUAUUCUCUAUCAUUAAAAAAACACAUGAAGUUUGUAUUGAAACACCGUUUGGUAAUUUAGAUCAAACAUUUAAAUAUUUUAGAGACUUACUAUUAUGUCAUGCAGUCAAGAGACCACCACACAGUAUAGAUUUAUAUAAUGCUGAUGAAGUAAGAAAAAUUACAGAAUAUACCAUAAAUACAUACUUCCGUCAUUUUAAAAUGUAUAAAUAUGCCUUUACUCCUUUAGUGAGAUUAGAUCUAGCUAUGAAUUAUAUUGGUAUACCAGAAUCACCAAGACCAGAAGAAGCUGGUGAUGUUGAAGGUGAAGGUCAGGCUGAUGAUGAGCUGAAAGAUGUUGAUGAUCAGAUUGAAGGUCAAACUGAAAAUACAGAAACACAAAAUACACCAGAAAUAGAAGAGUCACCUGCACGGAAAGAAUUACGAACCAUGAUCCAAUCUUUCCUAUCAGAAGAAAUAAAGAAAAUGAAAUUAUCAGUGGAAGAACAAAUAAAAUCCUCAGAAGAAGUUUUACAUCAUAAGUUAGAAGCUGUAGAACCAACUAAGAAAAGUCCCCGAGCUUCAGCUAAAGGCAAAAAGAAAUGAGACUUUUCUGCCAAGCAAUAAUUUCUGUUUUAUUUAUUCUUUUAUAACAAAACAAUAUACCUUAU